UUCAAUUUUCGUUGGUAUUUAUAUGUAUACUGAUUUAUCCUUGUGCACCAAUGCAAUUUCUCGUUAUAUUACUUCAAACAUUUCCUCUCGUCGCCCCUUUCUCAGAAAAGGUGAUAACGUCUGACUGUAUAAUUAAAGUAGCUCUAGUGAUGAUACAGGUAGGAACGUUAAUGUAACUCUAGUGAUGGUACAGGUGCAUGUUUACAACUGACAUGGCCUCAGAUAAAUAUUUGAUUUCGGCCGCCAUUGAUUUUGGAACAACGUAUUCUGGGUAUGCGUUUUCCACGAGAAACGACUUUAAAACGUCUCCACUAAACGCAUCCUGUUUGACCUGGACGGCGGGAUCCGGACAGCUCCAGUCCUUUAAGACGUCAUCCUCUGUCCUAUUCAAUGCAGAUGGGGAGUUUGAUUCUUUUGGAUUUGAAGCAGAGGACAAAUACUCUGAUCUAGUUUUAGAAGACGAACACAAAGAAUGGUAUUUGUUCAGGCGAUUUAAAAUGGCACUAUACAAAAAGAAAAAUAUAAAGCGAGAUUUGGAGCUGAAAGAUAUGAACGGAAAACAAAUGCCAGCUUUGAAAGUGUUUUCAGCCAUCCUUCGAUAUCUGAAAAAUCACCUCCUAGGCGAAUGUGCGAAACAGGGUUUUGAAAGUGUGGAUACAGAUAUACAUUGGGUGCUGACAGUCCCAGCCAUUUGGAGUGAACCAGCCAAACAGUUCAUGCGAGAGGCAGCCAUAAAUGCCGGUUUACCUAGUGAUCAGUUGAUUUUGGCGCUGGAACCAGAGGCUGCUUCACUUUUCUGUAAACAUCAACCCGUUCAGAGUAUGGUGGACGGUGAAGGCAAGAAGAUGGGUGUCUUUAGACAUGGAACCAAGUAUAUGGUCCUUGACGCAGGAGGUGGAACAAUCGACGUUACAGUUCACCAAGUUCAAAAGAACGGAACAAUAAGGGAAAUUCAUAAAGCAAGUGGUGGAAAUUGGGGAGGUACCAGCGUUGAUGAAGAAUUUGAAUCCCUGCUGUCUGAUAUAGUAGGUGAACAAAUAGUCAGGGAGUUUAAAAAUGACUUCGUGGAAGACGUGCUGGAGUUGUAUCGCAGUUUUGAAAUGAAGAAAAGGUCAAUAUCAAAAACAAUGGAGGGAAAGAUCACAUUCAAUAUUCCAUCUAAACUACUGGAGAUAUUCGAGAAACACUAUCCCAAUGACAAAAUGGACAUGUUCAUAAAAAGCAAUCCGAAAUACAGUUCCGAUGUGACCUGGUAUGGGAGCAAACUUCGAUUGUCAAAGGCGCUUACACUAUCCCUGUUUGCUCGAUCUCUAGGGGAUAUCACUGAUCAUUUACAGCAGGUCGUAAAUCAUGCAAGCGUCCAAGAUUUAUCAGCCAUACUGAUGGUAGGGGGAUACUCGGAAUGCUCAUUACUACAGGACGCAGUGAAGGAGAGGUUCCCACACCUAAAAGUGAUAGUUCCACGAGAAGCCGGCCUGGCUGUGCUGAAGGGAGCCGUCAUCACGGGACACUGCCCCAACAUCAUCACUGAGAGGAUCUCACGGUACACUUACGGGGUAGCGUGUAGAACGCUCUUCAAUAAAAGAGUUCACAAAGAAGAAUACAAGGUUGUAGAUGAAGUCGGUGUCGCACGGUGUGAUAACGUUUUUAAACGUCAUGUUGCAGUUGAAGAAUCUGUCACUUUAGGAAAGUCCUGUGAAACAAAUGGGUAUUAUUGCGUAUCGCGUCCUACGGAUACAUCUUUAAGCAUCAAUAUAUAUGCGUCCACUGAACCGUCACCAAUGUACACUACAGACAAAUCAUGUCAGAAACUAGGUACCCUGAAAAUGAGCAUGCCAGACACAUCCAAGGGCUUAAACAGAGGGGUCGAAGUGUCCAUGUCGUUCGGCGGCACAGAAAUAGAGGUGGAGGCCGUAAACAUACACACUAAGAAGAAACACACCGCUUUCUUUGACUUUCUUGGAUAACAGUAUCUCAAAUAUUAUUUUUCAACGAAAUUGUUUCAAUGAACAACUGAAUCAAGGAAAAAAUGGCAUCAGUAAAUCAUUGAUUUAUGUUAUUGACCAAAAUAAAAGGAUAUGAACAGUUUAUCCAUUCAUGAAUUAUAAUAUAUUUGUUACCCUGAAAUAAUUACGUGCAAAUUAGGAAGAUGUGAAACUACUCGUACAAGAGGAAUAUGGUAUCUUACAGGGGGAAUAUGGUAUCUUACAAGGGGGAUAUGGUAUCUUACAAGGGGGAUACGUAUGCAGUUGACCCUAAAAAUGCUGCGUAAUGUAUAGUUGUUUAUAUACUUCAGGCAGUGUAAACAUAUAUCGUCAGUAUAUCAAUAUGUAUCAGUUUGUAUCUCAAAGACAUUAUAGACAAUACAGCAUGUGAAACCUGACAAUAAAUGAACUGCUAUAUAUGUCGUGUGAUUUCCAUCAGUCAUCACAUCGAUUGUCAAAGUAAUACGUGAAUAACAUUAGCGGAAAUUAACUAAAUAUUACAUUAAUAUAUUGCAUGCACAUUGAUACAAUAGCAUGAAUUAAUUGGUAUACAUUGUUAUGUAAACCUUACUAAAUACUCCUGAUAUUCAUCCCAUACAUUGUUAUACCUUUUUAUAUGUUUUGCAUAAUGAGUUGUUUCUGGAUCAAAUUACGGUUACGAGGAAAAACGUAAAUUGAUGAUAUUGUGAUGAUUUUACUUAUGCUAGUGAAAAUAAACCUAUAUCAGACAAAUUCCCUGUGAAUAUAUUUGUUUGAAAAUGUUAUCAACAUGGUGAGCGAACAUCAGUUUACUUAAAAUUGAAUUGGAGUGAUACUUUGCUACUUAUAUUUUCGUGUAUGAAUGAUGCACUAGUGGUGUCGUAAAUGAGGAAUCAACGAGUAUACUAUCUUAUUCAAACAUAAAUACAUGUAUUUAAUUAUGACAAAAUCAGGAUUUUACAAUCCUUUGAAUUUCUGUUCUAAUGUUAGAAAAAAGACGUUUAAAGAGUUGCGCUUGGGUGUGACAGUGUUUUAUAUUCAAAUUGUUUAACUGUUUAAAUCCGAGGCUGCAUUCGUCCGCUCCUUUGCCAUGGUAUAACGUUUUAACGGGCAUGCAGUUUUUAGUGAAGCGGACGUAAAACUACUCAAACAAACAGGCGAGUACUGUACGUGACUGAUACGUAUGGAGGCAUACAUAGUACUUAUUAGAAUAGUUCCAGACCUAAACUCUAGCCAUUUCCUGCUCAUGUUAGAAAUAUCUUCCUUGUAGUGUUAUUACUGUACUUGUAUUUAUUGUAAUUGUCAUCAAGAUUUUCUUUAGACUUGUUCUGUUCUCUGUAUAUAUGUACAAAUAUUUCUGACUUCAAGGUUUCAAUCAUAGAUCUCUCUUUAUUGCUUCAUAGGUAUUUUUUUAGUUUAUUCAGGUCUAGCAAGGCAUUAGGUCGCGUGGUUCGGAAAUAUCAAAUAUUUUCAUUGGGGUUGGUUCAAUACCAAUUACAGAAAGCGUUAAACAGUUAUGCUCCCAUUGUAAAAGGGUUAUCAAACGAUGACAAAGUUAGUAUUGAAUCACAUUGUUUUCUAACUGAAUGACCUGAUUUGUAUGACCACUGAAAUAAUUCCUUAACAGCAGUUAAUAAUAA